AUGUCUACCAAAGUUCUCCUGAUUAACGGCCCAAAUCUCAACUUGCUCGGGUUGCGUGAACCGCACAUUUACGGUCAUACGACGCUCAAGGAUGUUGAAGAAGCGGCGCGCAAGCAGACCGAGAGCUACGGCUUGACACUUGAAGCAUUCCAAUCUAACAACGAGGGAGCCAUUAUUGACCGACUCCAUGAGGCCCGCCGCAAGUGCAAGUUCAUCGUCAUUAACCCCGGAGGUCUGACACACACGAGCGUUGCUCUCCGGGACGCUUUGCUUGGCAUCGAGGUACCCUUCAUCGAGGUGCACGCCAGCAACAUCCAUGCACGAGAGCCAUUCAGACAUCACAGCUAUCUGAGCGACAAGGCUGUUGGUGUGAUAUGUGGACUUGGCGUUUUCGGCUACACAGCUGCCUUCGACUUCGUUGCGCAGAAGCUGGGCAUGACCGCAGUGUUGAAAUAG